AUGGAAGAGAGGGUGCCACUUCUGCCGCAUCACACGUUGCGGAACGGCGACGGACGGGAGGAGAAGUGCGUCGGCGGCUGCGGCGGCGUGAGGUGGUGGAGGGACCUGCUGGCGCGGGAGGCCGGCAAGGUCGGUUGCGUGGCCCUGCCGAUGGCGGCCGUGAGCUUGUCGCAGUACGCGGCGCAGGUGGCGUCCAACAUGAUGGUCGGCCACCUCCCUGGCGUCCUCCCGCUCUCCGCCUCCGCCAUCGCCACCUCCCUCGCCACCGUCUCCGGUUUCAGCCUCCUCAUUGGGAUGGCAAGUGGAUUGGAAACUCUAAGCGGCAAACUCCUGAUCGUCAUAGGUCAGGACCCCUUGGUUUCAAAGGAAGCUGGGAGAUACAUAGCCUGGCUGAUUCCAGGUCUCUUUGCAUACGCCAUCAGCCAGCCUCUCACAAAAUUUCUACAGUCUCAGAGUCUGAUAAUUCCUAUGCUUUGGUCCUCCAUUACAACUUUGCUCUUGCACAUUCCUCUUUGUUGGUUAUUAGUGUUCAAGACCAGUUUGGGGUAUAUUGGAGCUUCUUUGGCGAUAAGCUUGUCAUAUUGGUUAAAUGUGAUUAUGCUUGCUGCUUACAUCAGAUAUUCGAAUUCUUGUAAGGAGACCCGCUCACCUCCUAUUGUUGAGGCUUUCAAAGGAGUUGGUGUGUUUCUACGCCUAGCUCUGCCAUCUGCACUGAUGUUGUGUUUCGAAUGGUGGUCUUUUGAGAUCCUUAUUCUUGUCUCAGGGAUUUUACCAAAUCCAGAGCAGCAAACUUCAGUUCUUUCAAUCUGUUUGACGACUAUCACGUUAAUGUAUACUAUACCUUAUGGGCUUGGAGCGGCUGCAAGCACUAGGGUAGCAAAUGAAUUGGGUGGUGAUAACCCAGAAGGAGCUCGAUCAUCUGUUCGGGUUGUCAUGUGUAUUGCAGUGAUGGAAGCAGUUAUAAUCACAAUUAUACUGUUAGCGUCACAGCACAUCUUGGGCUAUGCAUAUAGCAGCGAUAAGGAUGUUGUCGCGUAUGUCAAUGCAAUGGUUCCCUUUGUGUGCGUCUCUGUUGCUGCUGACAGUCUACAAGGUGUUCUAUCAGGUAUCGCCCGAGGAUGCGGGUGGCAACACUUGGGCGCCUAUGUCAACCUGGGUUCGUUCUAUCUCGUUGGGAUUCCAACAGCACUCUUCCUCGGCUUUGUUCUGAAGAUGGAAGCGAAAGGGCUUUGGAUGGGCAUUUCCUGCGGCUCCAUAGUGCAGUUCUUACUUCUUGCCGUCAUAACAUUCUUCAGCAACUGGCAGAAGAUGUCUGAGAAGGCAAGGGAGAGAGUUUUCAGCGAUGAGCCGUCAGAUAAGGAACCUUUGGAAUCGGAUGGAUCAAAUUUGUUCUAA